AUCUGUAAAAUAUAUACAUUGCGGAACACCGAAGUUAUGCCAUAUGCAUUUCUCCGAUAUCUGUAAACGUAACCUCAACGUUAUAACAAAUAUUAGACAAUGGAAGGAAAUCGGAAAUCUCGUGUUAUUCUCGAAGAAUAUAGUAUACCGAACGCAUCUGAAUAUACACAACAAGAUUGGAACUUGCUCAAUUUUAAAAAAGAAUUCAAAAUUCAAAUUGUAAGAGAGUCGGAAGAUGAACGAGAAUUAGAAUUUGAUUUAAUAGGUUAUCCUGUUGGUUUUGCCAAUGCAUUUCGUAGAAUCCUUUUAAGCGAAGUACCAACUAUGGCCAUAGAAAAAGUUUAUAUUGUAAAUAACACAAGUGUAAUUCAAGAUGAAGUUCUAGCUCACAGGUUGGGUUUAAUUCCACUUCGAGCUGAUCCAAGAUUAUUUGAGUAUCCUUCUAAUAAAGAUGAAGAUGAAGUUAGUGAUCAAGAUAGUCUAAGAUAUGAACUUAAAAUAUCCUGUACUUGGAAUCCCCAAGCACCUAAAGAUUCUAAAAGAACAAAUGACAUAUACAGAAAUAGCAAUGUAUAUAGCAAAGACAUUAAAUGGGUUCCCAUUGGACAUCAAGAAGAACUUUAUCCUCGUGGAGCGGAACAAUUAGGUGUUCUAGAAAAAGAUAUUUUAAUAUGUAAAAUGCGCCCCGGUCAGGAAAUUCAUCUUUUCAUGCAUGCAGUAAAAGGAAUUGGAAAAGAUCAUGCUAAGUUUUCUCCCGUAGCUACUGCAUCAUAUAGACUAUUGCCAGAUAUACAACUAAUAAAAUCUGUUAGAGGAGAAAUGGCAGAUCGUUUAAAAAACUGCUUUAGUGUCGGUGUUAUAGAAGUAAUUGAAACUAAACCAGGUGAUUUAGACUCCCGUGAAGCAAGGGUAAAAAAUCCUCGCUAUGAUAGUUGCUCUCGAAAUGUGUUUCAACAUGAAGAUCUCAAAGGAUGUGUACAAUUAAGUAGAAUACAAAAUCAUAUUAUUUUUACCAUUGAAUCAGUAGGAACAUUACCAUCAGCUGUAUUAUUUAUAGAAGCAGUUAAGAUACUUAAAGGAAAGUGUAAGAUGUUUUUAGAGGAACUGGAAAAUAUUGGAAAAUAGCUAAGAAUGUUAUUUUUAGCAAUAGAAAAUAAAAACAUUUUAACUUUAGUUAAAUUGUUAAAAUUUUUAAAAUUAACUUUAUAAUAAAUGUAAUGCUCAAUAUAUUUAAUAAAAAAA